AUGGCAUUUGUCCACGCCCAGUCUAACAAAGAUAUAAGUUCUCUCACUAAUUCGGAAAUGGUUAAUGCUCGACGGCGCAAUGUUCAAGAAAAUAUUCGUGUCUUAGAAAGAAUAGCAUCUGUAAUCAAAUACCUUGCUAAACGAUCCUUGUCAUUCAGAGGAAACCGAAACGAGUCUUCAUACACUUUAGAUGAUAGAUCAGUUGAUCAUGGUAAUUUUUUAGAAACAAUCCUUUUGAUUUCGGAAUUUGAUGUACCUUUAAACAGCCAUGUACACAAAGUAAUUGAUAGAAGUAAGAAAAAACGACAAAAUUUGAAACGAAAAGGCAAGCAGAAUAGUCGUGGACGUGGAAAUUUAGUAACAAUGCUUUCAAAAUCCACAGUUAACAAGAUUUUGCUAGCAAUUUUAAACAUCAUGAAAUCAAAAAUUAUUCAAGAGAUUGGAGAAAAGAAGUUUUCAGCACAGAUGGAUGGUACACAAGACACCGCAAUGGUGGAACAGGAAACAAUAAUAUUGCUUUAUGUUCUUGGCCUGGAAGUCAAGGAGCGUUUGUUUUCCGUACAAAAAGUUUAUAAUGCAUCAGCAGCUGGCGUUUUUCAACUUUUGAAGACAAAUGUUCAGCAACAAGGUCUAAAGAUGGAAAACAUUAUCGGUGAAUCAUUUGACGGAGCAUCAAAUAUGCGUGGGGAGUUCGGAGGUGUACAGAAGCUGAUCAGAGACGUUUCGUCAAAUUCGGUGUACAUAUGGUGCUAUGCUCAUGUGCUAAACCUUGCCGCUACAGAUAUGGUAGAAAACAUAACCGAAGUGAAAAAUUUGAUUGGCUUGCUUCAAAGCACUGCAACGUUUUUUCAGAUUCGUGCAAACGAAUGGAUGUUUGGAGCAGGGUAA